GCAUGGUUGUACGGAAACAUGAGUGAAAGAUCCAGCAGAAAUCUGUCCUUAAAAAGGUACCUUUACCAUACAAUUCGAUUAGUCCCAGAGCUAAUUGCUAACUCAUAGCUGUGACAAAAAAGUUAAAUUCAAUCAUAAGGAAUAGAUACAUCCAUACAAGUGCGACACACAUACUAUGAAAAUAUUCAACAGUCCAUUCAGUACAAUUUUAGGUUUCACAGAUUUACAGCUCCUCUUAACAGCAAUCAUUUUGGAGGUGGCACAUUUUCGGUGGUCCUGCUUUCUUCAAAUCUUUCUGUCGCCUCUCUGACAAUUUGGAGCAGCGCAAUAGAUCUUGGAUCCAUCGCGCGGAGAUCCACCAUACCAAGAGGUUAGAAUUUUCCAAACAAACACGUAGCGACGCUUACCAAGGUGGUAAAUCCACCUUGACGCUUACGGUCGGUCCAAAACGACGACUGCUGCAGGCACGCUAACGAUUCGGACCACAUUUCGUGAGCGUGAGCGCUGUGAGCAGGAGAACUAGAAAUUGCUAGAAAUGCCUUCGGCUGCUGUGAGCACCUUUAUGGUGCAUCAGGAAGUGUUGAAGCUGUAUCGAAAUUUCUUCAGAUCUCUCAGAGAAGUAGAGUCCCCCUCCGACCGUCAGCAACUUCAAAAAUGGGUGCAAGCUGAUUUCCGAAAAUAUAAACACGAGACAGAUGAGGUUACCAUACGAAAUUUAAUUGUGAAUGGUGAAAGGGCUCUGAAAGAGCUUAGACAGUCACUGGCUCUCAGUCGCAGCUAGCCGGGCAUCCUAAUUUUAUGUUGUCAGGUCAGAGUGUUUGUGUAACAUUAUAAGGAAUGAAUUUUUUGUGUCAAUUUGUAUUAUAUGAUUCUUUUUUCAUUGGUGGUGAACAAUACCCUUUAAAUAAAUAUUAGAACAAGCA